AUGUUCUUGAGCACAGCUUCUCCCCGGAGGUCGUUCAGCAUCCCCAUUAACAUCAACCUGCAGGGUGCUCGUAGGCGGCAGACACGACACAGGGAUGGCUUCCACACCACAGCAGGGCAGGAGCACGAGUGGAUCAGAGGGGUGAAUGGAUGGGGAGGACAGCGAGCUCGGUCCCAGAUGCCGGUGUCGAGUGUUGGGGAGGACAGAGCCAUCCUGCUGGGCUUCACCAUGAUGGCCUUCUCUGUGCUCAUGUUCUUUGUGGUUGGCAUCACUAUGGUCAAACCCUUUGUUAAAAGUAACUGGGUGGAGGAGGCCAGUUGUGUGCUGGUGCAGGCUGACAUCCUGAAAGAUUGGGUGGACUGCAGAGGUGUGAGCACAGUACCAUGCCUCAGGGUGAUGGUUAACCUCACAGGCUCCAACCAAAGUGCUUUUCUACACUUUGAUGAAGAAUCGGUCCUCCUCGCUCCUGAGUGUUUCUACAUACCCAAAUGUCAGAUGGAAAGAGCAGAUCUUCAAGCUGAAGUCCAGAGAAUGAAAAGAAUCUUGGACACUCAGCUGGGGAGCACUUCAUCAUGCUUUACCGACCACACAAGGUACCCCAGGGACGUCAUCUUAACCAGGAAGUACACUUUGAAGAAGGCCUUGUUUGCACUGCUGUGGCCCUGUCUGAUGCUGUGUGGUGGAGCCCUGCUGGUGGGCCUUGUGAAGCUGACACAGUGCCUAGCUCAUCUGUCCUCUGAGGUGUGCAGUGACACUACAGGGAGCAGACUGACAUUGAGAUCCACCCAGGGCAAAUUGUACAGACUCUUGCGGAGGUCCAGCAUGCAGUCGCCCUCUUGA